GUGCGAAAAAAGUGACUACAUAUCUCUAGAGGUUUUAUUUUAUUUAAAUUAAAAAUAACACUUUUUAUAUAAUUACUUUAAUAAAAUUUUAAACUAAUAGUGUCCCUACAUAAUUACUUACGUUAGUAGCACUCUAUGAACUAUUUGAACUAAGAAAACCAUCACCAGUUCACCACACUUAUUUCACUGACUUGCACGGGCACUACAUAGAUUCUUGCUAUGUCACAACUUGCUGAGAUCCUGUCCAUUCAGAAGACGUUAGAAGAGAGCUUCAACAAGAAGAUGACCGAAUUGGGUGCUCAGAUCCAGAGUGCGGGAACUGCCAAGGAUACUGUGGCAAAGGUUGCUGAAGAGUUCCGGACGUUCAGAGAGCUCAUGUAUAGCAUGCUUGGCUUGCUCAGGAAGCAGAUUCAUGAGUGUGCAGUGCAGUUGGAUGGGAUGGAGACAAGACAUCGACGUAAGGCUUUGCUUUUCCAAGGGCUCCCGGAAGCCGAUAAAGAAGAUUGUAGUGCUGUCAUUCUGGAUGUUCUCACUGGCAAGUUAGCAUUCCGGAGCAUGACAGCAUCUUCAAUAAAAGUGGCCCACAGACUCGGUAAUCCCAGUAACGACCAUGCAAGACCAAUUCUUGUCAAGUUUGCUUCUCUGGAUGUUAAGGCGGAGAUAUGGAGGGCAAAGUCUGGUUUGAAAGGCACCAAGAUUUCUGUGAAGGAGUUCUUAACAAAGGACAGGCAAUCCAUCUUCGCUAGAGCUCGACAACAUUUUGGAAUGCGGUCAUGCUGGACUCAGGAUGGCGUAAUAGUGAUCAAAGCCAUGGACGGGAGCAGGCACAAGGUGACUACGUCCAGUGAACUGAAUUCGCUGCUCUUGAAGUUCCCUAAACCAUCAGGUGCCUCGGUCGACGCCAGGGGAGUCUCUGCAAAGGUUUAGUUAAGAUUAGACGUAAGUUACAUUUGGAACUAAAUUGAUAAGUUGCAAUAUCCGUUUUUACUUACCACAGUGAUCGACUCAACAAUUGAAUCCGUAUUUUAUAUUUCUUGAAUAAGGCUAUAGUUUCUUUUCAUUUCACAUACUUUUAAUCGUUCUUCUUUUCUAGUCCUAAUGUACCCUCUUUGUAAUUUCUAUUUCAUUCUCAAUUCAAUCAUUAAAUUAGGGUAAGUCGAUUUCACUUUGUUUAUUUAUUGCUUCAAAUGUCAGAUGUCAGUGUGAUUUAGCUGUCAAGUGUCAAACUUUAGAUGUCAAAAUUUUUUGUGAUUGUGUGUUCCGAAGUUUGCUUGCAUUCUGUCUUGGUUGUAUUGUCUGUUCCAAAUUUUAUGUUAAGUGUGAACUGGCUGGUGGAGUUAAAUA